AUGAAAAGACUUCGCAGACGCCUUCUUCGCCAACCGCCUUUGUUAUCAUUUACUGCAUCAUCAGGAUUCGUCGAUAUGGACUUUGAUAGAGCAGUUUACUUCCUCUUCGCCACGGCGAUAAUUGCUCUCUUCUCGGCAGCACAGGCUGGGAGCAGUGUUUGCAGUGGCACCCAAGGUGGAAAUGAGUACAUGUGUGUAGAUUGGUCCUUCGGCUCUGAACUGAUGGCCUUCAAACAGUAUCAAUACAAGCAACAGACGGGUCAGGAUGUGUUAUUUGGUGUUGGAUCGUACGGUGCUCAGAACAAUUUCAACAUUGGAAAAUGCUACAAGUUCAACCUCAAUCCAUCUACAAAGCCAAUCAUCGCACAGGUAACCAACUGGGGGGCUGACAUUAGUAGCAACCAGUUCGAUAUGCAAAUGGGUGGGGGAGGGUUCGGGGUCUGGAAUGCAUGCUCAGGACCGACCGAUAAAACGGCCAGCGAUAAUCGCCCAUGCAACACGAAUGACUAUCUGGAUAUUGCAGUUAGACCGCAGUUCGUUAGCGGCAAGUCUGAGUGGGGCCGGAGAUGCAGAGGCCAUAUCUACCGAACAGGAUCUUCCACGAAUGAGCCCAAUCUGCGCACUCUUUGCAAACGUUCGUUUGACUGGGGUGCGAGAAUUAACAACGGGAACAAGCAGAUCACAGGAGGUCAACGCGUUCCUUGCCCUCAGCAGCUUGUUGAGAUUACCAACCUGAAGCGCAGAGAUGAUAGUAGAUAUGAACAGAUGCCUCGUGGAACGCUCACCAGUACCAUGGAUUGCUGCUCGCCUGCAUCAGCAUACCCGUGCGUUACUAUGGGCAACAAACUCUUACCGAAUCGCAACAGGAUCCGUCCUUGUACAAGGGAUGGCUACACUCGCGUGUAG